UCAUAGAGUGCCUUCAUAGCGCAGAAGAAAAAAGGCCACAAAACUUCAAUUAACAAGUCAACGUCAAUGUCAAACUCUUCUGAAAUUGAGGUUAAGAACGAUCAUGCUUUUAUAUUUGUAAAUAAAAAGAAAAUUUUAGGGACGAAACAUUUUUAGUCGUCAGCAGCAUUAAAUAAUUUUUGGAAAUAAAAGUUUCUCAAGAUGGCAAAGAGUUUAAGAAGUAAAUGGAAGCGUAAAAUGCGCCAAGUAAAACGAGAGAGAUAUGGUAAGAAAGAACUAGACAGGUUAAAAAAGACUUUGGGUAUAGAAGAUAAACCUGGUGAAGCCUCAACGAGCACCACAGAUGCUACCAGGACUGAUCUAUCAGACGUGAUAACCUUUACCACAGCAGACGAAAUCAAGAAAAAACGGAAAGAAAAGGAACAGGAUAAAGAUAUAAUGGACCAGAGCACAUUAGAAGAUUUAAAGAAAUUUAACGCUAAAACAUUGAUGGAUGCAAAUGGUGCCUACCCCGUUUGGGUUCAUCCACGAAAAAUUAAGAAAUCUAAAAAAUCCAAAGAUAAAAAGGGGAAGAAGUCUAAGGGUAAAGUUUCAAAAAACUCUAAGAAAAAAUAAUGUGUAAUGAUUCAUUGUUAAAUAGGUAAAUGUUAUGAUUUUUUAGGCUAUAUGAAUUGUAUUGUUUAUUUUUAAUAAUAAACAUUUAUGUUGCUGUAAUGCAGAACAUAAUAAAAGAA